AUGUCUUACAAUGUUUACAAGACGAACAUGGCUGAUUGCUUAAAUAAACUAAGAGUAAAUGACCUCAAUAAGCUAUGCAGAAAAUUCAUGCUUCCACAACAUGGAAAGAAAGUCGCGAUCGUCGAACGAAUUUUAGAAUACAUCACGGACGUGGAGAGGGAGGAACAAAUUUAUGAGUUCAUCUUAGCAAUCAAGCCAUCCAUAUUUGACCUAAUUAAUGGGAAGAGAAUAAACAACGCUUUAAGCAACAGUAAUAUAUAUAAUGCGCAAAACGGUGCACACAGCAGUACGCAUAGUAAUAAUAGCAGUAGUAAUAAGUACCUAAGCAGUAGUAACAAUUUUUUCCUCGGCAAUAGUAACAGCGCAAAUAGCACUUUUCUUUGUAAUAAUAAUGACAACCUCAAUUUUGCGAACAAUGGAUUUCUCGCAGAAAAGAAGAGCGGCACCUCCCCCCUAGUGCGCAAGGGAACGGCGCUCAAAAUAUACCAAGAGGACAGCGACUUCUCCUCUUGCGUGUGCGGAGGCAUGUCCAAAAACAUAAGCAGCAAAAACGGGAUAGUAAAAUGCAUAGAGUGCAACAGGCUACAGCACCUAAGUUGCUAUGUGCAGAACCCAGGCACCAAUAAAGACACGGCGAGUUACAAAAUCCUGUGUGUAGUAUGUCGAUUGAAGGAUAUGGACCCCUUCUACCCAAUGAAAAAAGUACUCUGGCUUAAAAGCCUUACAGUUAACACAGAAAAAUUUGUAAUUAAUGCGUCUGAUAUAAAGACCUGGAAAAAUGAAAAUAAAGAAGUUAUCAUUUUCUGCAUCCAUUUGGAUAAAAAAAAUUUAAGUACAAAUAUUUCAAUAAAACAAGAAUGGCCUAAAACAUUCGUUUUAAAAGUGAAUGGAAAUGUCAUAGAAAAGGUUUUUGAACCCACAUGGGAACACAAAAGGAGAGAUAGCCCUUUAAAAAUUACACACACAUUAAAGACAGGACAUAACAAUAUUGACAUCAGUAUGACGAAUUAUGAAACCCCGAAAUUAUUUGUUGUAGCUUUUUUAUUAUGUAAAAUAGAAACGGAACAAAGCCUGAUCCAACAGGUCAUAUCCAAAAGUGAAUUAAAUUUUAAAGACUCCAAAGAAAGAAUAAUCACCAUUUUGUCUACCAAGCAUGAUGAUGAUGAAGUCAUGUGCAUGGAAAUUAAUAGAAGAAUUAGUCUCAACUGUCCUUUCGCCUUAGACAGAAUUGAGAUACCUUGUAGAGGAAUCAAAUGUUCUCACAUUCAAUGCUUUGAUUUGAAGUCCUUCAUUGAUGUGACAAAAAAAACCAAAGCUUUUAAUAAUAGGUGGAAGUGUCCUAUCUGUUCUUUAUUCCUGCGGCCGAAAGAUUUAAUUGUGGAUAUGUUUAUUACGUACAUAUUGACACAGGUGCCAAGAGAUAUUAAGGAGGUCGAGUUAAGCAAAAGUGGAGAAAUCAUUUUUAAUCAAAGCAACGCCAAGGGAAAGGUCGUCAAGCAGAUUGACGACGUAGACACGGCAACUCUGCAGAAAAGCAGAGUGGAGAUUAAGACGGAGACCAGCAUGGAGAACAUUAAAAAAUAUGAACCGGCUAACGAUAACAACACAUUCAACGAAAACGAAGUCAUCAUACUCGAUUCAGAUAGUGAAGAUGAGGACGCCAGCAUUGCUCCGCAAAAUGUUAACCCGCAAAAGAAUCGCAAUUUUGUACAAGGCCAACAUGAAGUCAUAUGCAUAUCAGACAGUGAUGAAGAGGAAAAUUUUAAUUUGACGCCACACAACAAGGACAAAAAAAUAAAAGAAAAAAAUACCUUUUUGCUCGAAAUGAAAGAUUUUGAAAACAGCAAAUGUGUAAAUAAUUUCUUUUUAAGAAAUAUGAACAGCAUGGAACAAAAGAACAUUGUACCCAAUUCGCAUAUGUUAUUUAAUGACAUGGUGUUGGAUGUACUAAAUGAUAUUAAUAAAAUUCAGGUCAAUGAAAAUUUAUCAACUAAUGUGCAAAAUUUUGAUCCCAUGCAAAAAGAAAAUAUGAACCAACUGAAUCGCAGUUUUAAUGAAAUUACAAAUGACCCUCUUUUGAGUUAUUAUAAUAAGCCCACUUUUUUAUCUAAAGACUUAUAUUUACUCAACACUAGUUUAGACGACCUUCGUAUGAAUCCGAUGAGAGACGUCUCCAGUUUUGCCAAUUCGAUGUGUCACAUGGAUCAGACGGACGGUGCAGAGAAGAACGAGUUGCACAUAUUAGGGUUGGCCAAAAAUGGGCUCCCCAUAGAUCCUUGUGAGGAGGAGAUGAAGAGUCGUGGCGGUGAUGAUGGGGGAAGGUGUAACGUGGAGCACGUUGAUGAUAGAGGUGUCCAAACGGGUGCAAAGGAGAACACCACGAAUGGUGAAAAUUGUGAGGAUGCCCCGCUACAUGACAAACACGAUAACAACAACCCCAUCGGCGUGGAACACAAACGACUUCGUGACAAUUCAAGUGUCAACGAAACGGACCCUACAGUAUGCAAUGAUAAGAAUCCCCUUGUCCUGAAUGAAAUCGGCAGUGUGGAUAAUAAUAGUGACAAUUUUUGCCUCAAAAUUGAAAAUAAUAAAACCCUCUUUGAUGGAAACAAUUUGGUAACGAGCGACAUAACCACUCUGAACAACUUCGAGGAUGCAAGCAAUCUGAGUAACCAACUGAGCAGCCAACUGCUCAUCAUGCUUCAGGAGCAAAACAGCCCGAGUAGCCACAACACGCAGGCAAUUCCAGACACUGAAAGCAAAAGCAAAAAAAAAAAAAAAAUACAAAAAAGAAGCAACACAUUAGAAAGUUUAAGGAGGUACGAUAGCAUGUGCAGCAAUUUUAACCUGUCCCUAACCAAUUACAAAAACAAACGCGACAGGGCCAAGCACCUAAAGGAUAUGAGUAACGGUAAGAACUGCUCCAGCUACAGGUAUUCCAGUUUUAGCAGCAUCCGCAUGAUGAAUAGUAUGGAAAGAUGUGUGAAUGGUGCAAGACACUCAAAAAAAAUUAACAAAAAAAAUGAUAAUUUUAAAGAAAAAAAAAAAAAACGAAAGAAAAAAAGUAAGAAAUGA